UACAGCACAGAAUCGUGAAGAGGACUUCAUUGCCCAUCAUGCCCUGCGCUCAACUGAAUAACGUCUACUGGUCAACUACGAGGAAGCAAGCAAAUAGCUGGUGGCAAACCAUAAAUAAAUAACCUCGGUCAAGAUGAGCUCCGACGUUUUCUCCUACGAGAGUUUGGUUCAUGCUGUGUCCGGAGCAGUGGGCAGUGUGACUGCAAUGACAGUGUUCUUCCCACUUGACACAGCCAGACUGCGGCUUCAAGUGGAUGAAAAUAGGAAGGCCAAAUCUACUCCAGCCAUUCUGGCAGAAAUUGUCAAAGAGGAAGGACUUCUAGCUCCAUACAGAGGCUGGUUCCCAGUGAUCUGUAGCCUGUGCUGCUCCAACUUUGUUUACUUCUACUGCUUCCACAGUCUGAAGGCUGGCUGGCUGAAAGGAAAGCAGUCAGCACCCAGCACUGACCUAAUCAUAGGCAUCGCUGCAGGUGUUGUAAAUGUUCUUGUUACCACUCCUUUGUGGGUGGUCAACACCAGACUGAAGCUCCAGGGUUCCAAGUUCCAUAACGCAGACAUCCGGCCCACCAACUACUCCGGCAUUCUGGAUGCAUUUGUACAGAUCAUCCAUGACGAGGGCGUGGGAGCUCUGUGGAACGGGACUUUCCCAUCCCUGCUGCUGGUGCUGAACCCUGCCAUCCAGUUCAUGAUUUAUGAAGGCCUGAAGAGACAGCUAAGGAGAGGCAUUCCCAGGGAGCUGUCAUCUGGUGAGGUCUUCAUCAUCGGUGCUGUGGCCAAAGCUGUUGCCACUGCUGUUACAUACCCACUGCAGACGAUACAGUCCAUUCUUAGGUUUGGUCAGUUUAACCAGUCACCACACACAUCAAAACUACUCUCCAGCCUCAAGACUGUCAAGUGUCUACUGGUCAAUAGAGUGAGGAAGUAUGGCAUACUGGGGGUGUUUAAAGGCCUGGAGGCCAAGCUUCUGCAGACAGUGCUAACCGCUGCCCUCAUGUUCCUUCUCUAUGAGAAGAUUGCCAGCUAUACCUUCAGACUCAUGGGCCUGACCAACAGCCACUACAAGAAACGCUAGCUAACAAGGCACUUCACAGCUGUGGACAUUUGACCAUAGCAAAGCUACCAGUGCUUAUAGACUCCAUGAUGGGGACUCCCUGGAAAACUGUCAACUGAAUCUAAAAUUGUAUCUUCAUCCUGCACAUACUGCCACCAAUAACACAUUCCCCCUACCUCUGUUUACACUGUUUCACUGUUUUGUCCUUCUGUAAAAAUUCUGAACUAAGUUUGUCAGGCAACUGAGAAAUCAUCUGAAUAUAAAAUGAGCUCUUCUGAUGUCC